AUGGUAUAUCGUGGGUUUGGGCUGGAGUAUUUGUCACCACCGGAGAAGAAAGCAUUUGGAGAGCUGUCGCCCGAUGAACAAGGUGAGCGCGGUGCAGAGAUGGUUGUGGGAUUCAUGUCAUCGUGUCCCGGUAAGUCAGUAAUAAGUGGUGCCACUGGUUUUGCGUUAGGUGGUGUGUUAGGUUUGUUCAUGGCUUCUAUGGCCUAUGAUACCCCGCUCCAUACUCCCGUUCCAGGUGGCAUGAGUGGAGCUGUACAACAAAUGGCAGACCUGCCAUUAAGACAGCAAGUGAAAUUACAAUUCGCUGAUAUGGGUAAGAGGGCUUAUUCUAGCGCAAAGAAUUUCGGUUAUAUAGGUAUGAUAUAUGCUGGUGUAGAGUGUGCUGUGGAGAGUCUGCGAGCCAAGAACGAUAUAUACAAUGGUAUUACAGCUGGUUGUAUAACAGGUGGUGGACUGGCCUACAAGAGUGGCCCUCAAGCAGCAUUGGUUGGCUGUGCAGGUUUUGCUGCAUUCUCAGCAGCAAUCGACAUGUACAUGAAGAGCGAAGACGGUAGACCUCCUGAAAAUGAUUUUAAACAAUAA